UAUUCCGUCAACAGAUUAGGCAGGAGCUUUGAGAAGGAUCUCAAUAUUUUCAUUUUACCGACUCAACCUCGCCCGUUCAAAAUGCUGGACACGCUCUGGGAUAUCUUCUACCGUAUCGUGGAAACGAAUGCCUUCAAGGUAUUCCUCAGCAUGUUCAUGACAACACUGAUCAUGUUCCGUGUAGGCCCGUUCGCGUGUCUGUCUUUCCUGUUUGAGGGGAAUGCUCAAAGAGGAGCAGUUGCAGUUCCGGCCAACCGACCAAGUCCGGCCAGCAGAUCAAGACCGCCUGCUGGUGUAGGGCCUAGUAGGGCCAGAGAAUCAAGGCCGGGCAGCGGAUGCGUGCCGUCUGGACAGCCCAACACUUUCGACUAUGGAGCUAUUCGAGGACCCCACAGCUGGAAUGUCCCUACCAACAAUCAGAGCCCCGUCAACAUCAACCAACCCUGCAUGGAGAACAGCUACUUCGAAACGCCACUGCAGUGGACAAACGGGGAUGUUCUACCCGAUGGUAUCCGUCUGGAGAAUAACGGCCAUACCGUGGUGCUUCGCGCCUCCUAUCCGGGCUGUGUGCCCUCGAUAGAUGGCGGGGAUCUGCUGGGGCGCUUCGAGUUUCGAGAGAUCACCUUCCGCUGGAGCUGGUCGAGCAAUAUGGGUUCCGAGCACACAGUCGACAACCGCCACUAUCCGUUGGAGAUGCAGUGCCUCCACACGGCUGCACAGACCGAGGGCUGUAUUUCCAGCCAAAGUAUCGUGAUGAUCUCCUACAUGUUCGAAGUGGGCGAGGACAAUCCAUACCUGGAAGUGCUCAUCCAGCAUCUCGUGGCUAUUAAGAAGGCGGGCCGCUCAAUAGAGGUUCCCCCGUUCCCAAUCAGCUACCUCGUGACGCCAUUCUACACACAGUUCUUCAGCUACCAAGGGUCACUCACGGAGCCACCCUGCCACCGUGGGGUCGAGUGGCUCAUCAAUCCCGAUCCUCUGGCCAUCAGUGAGCGUCAGUUGAACGAGUUCCGUCAGCUGCGAAGCUACCAUGGCGCCCGUAUUGGAUCCAACGCUCGACCCGUGCAGCCACUCGAAGAUCGUGCGGUCUUCUACAAUCACUACCGUAGGCAGCGAUAGGAAAGAAACUCAUCUCAACUUAAAAAAAAACAUGAUAUGGAACGGGAAUGAAUGGUAUCUACUCAUACGAUAGGGAUGGUAUCUUUUCCCAAGUCUGCCAACUGGAAGCGAAUUUAAAAUGAAAUCUACCAUCCUAUCAUUCCUUGACAUCUUAGGCAGAGAAUACAUAUUUUAUAUACAA